UAUGUCAUAAGUGAGCUCUCCUCCUCCUCCUCGAACUGAUCAGGGCCUCUCCUCAUCUGACUCUUGUGCUGGGGGGGAAUCUGCAACCUUGUGUGUACUUUGCUGGAGGAUGUCUGUCUGUAGAUUUCUUCCUGCUCUCAGAAGAGGCCUGAGCCUGCACAGCACAUGGGAUAGGACUGUCAGCACUGCCUGGAUUGCACACACCAAGGGUUGCGGCUGUUCCUUUUCUACAUCCAGCUCCCACAAUGCUAAAUUCUACAGUGAUCCCGUAGAAGCUGUGAAGGACAUACCCAAUGGAUCAACGCUGCUGGUCGGUGGUUUUGGUCUUUGUGGAAUUCCAGAGAACCUCAUAGCUGGGCUUCUGAAGACUGGUGUUAAAGGAAUCACAGCUGUGAGCAAUAAUGCCGGGGUUGAUGACUUUGGCUUGGGUCUGCUGCUCAAGACCCAACAGAUCAAGAGAAUGGUGUCAUCCUAUGUGGGUGAGAAUGCAGAGUUUGAGAGACAGUAUCUACAAGGAGAACUAGAAGUGGAGCUGGUACCACAGGGAACCCUUGCAGAGCGAGUCAGAGCCGGCGGUGCAGGUAUUCCAGCUUUUUUUACACCCACGGGUUAUGGCACAUUAAUUCAAGAAGGGGGAGCGCCCAUAAAGUAUAAUAAGGACGGAACUGUUGCUCUUGCCAGCAAGCCUAAAGAGGUCAAGGAGUUCAAUGGCCGUCACUUUGUUAUGGAGACCGCAAUCACUGGAGACUUUGCACUAGUAAAGGCUUGGAAGGCAGAUCGUGCUGGUAAUAUUGUGUUCAGGAAAACUGCCAGAAACUUCAACCAGCCGAUGUGUAAAGCAGCCCAAGUCACAGUGGUGGAGGUUGAGGAAAUUGUCGAAACCGGAACCUUUGCACCAGAAGAUAUCCACAUUCCCAGUAUUUAUGUUGAUAGGAUUAUUAAAGGCGAGGGCUAUCAAAAGAGAAUAGAGAGACUAACACUAAGGAAAUCUGAAAACUCAAAACCUAAACCCAAAAAGGAUUCUGAUAUUGUAAGAGAGAAAAUAAUCCGGCGUGCCGCUCUGGAGUUCCAGGAUGGAAUGUAUGCAAACCUGGGAAUUGGUAUUCCAAUGUUGGCCAGCAACUUUAUCAAGAAAGAUAUCGCAGUUCACCUUCAGAGUGAAAAUGGCGUUCUUGGCCUGGGGCCCUAUCCAACAGAACAAGAGGUGGAUCCAGAUCUGAUCAAUGCAGGUAAAGAAACGGUCACGAUUCUUCCAGGUGCAGCGUUCUUCUCCAGCGAUGACUCGUUUGCUAUGAUCAGAGGGGGCCAUGUGGAUUUGACAAUGCUGGGAGCAAUGCAGGUGUCGAAAUAUGGAGAUCUGGCCAACUGGAUGAUUCCUGGCAAAAUGGUGAAAGGGAUGGGUGGUGCCAUGGACCUGGUGUCAAGUGCUGGAACAAAAGUAGUUGUCACAAUGGAGCACUCAGCCAAAGGAGGAGCGCACAAAAUUUUGGGGCAAUGUAACUUGCCGCUUACUGGUAAACAGUGUGUGGAUCGUAUCAUUACAGAGAAGGCAGUCUUUGAUGUGGACAAGAAGAACGGGCUAACGUUGAUUGAGAUCGGUGAAGGUCUUACUGUAGACGACAUCAAGAAAUGCACAGGCAGCGACUUUAAUGUUUCACCAGACCUUAAACCUUUGCAGCAGAUCAGUGAUUAGGAUUCAUGGAGUCUUCCUGGUCAGUAACCAAAUGGAACAACAUUUGCUAAUGG